UUCACAGUCAAUAUCUAGUAGCAGCAUGUUGACAUUGUCAGACUAACCACCCAGCUACACAUACAACCGAUGCACUGCAGAACUCUGUGAUCUCUCAGGAUGGACACCUACACAGAAGAUGAAAGUUAUGAUUACUACAGUGACAACUUUACCUAUGAUGGUUUAUUUAACUGCUCUGGCUCACACCUGCAUGGCUCCAACAUCUUCCUGCCCGUACUGUAUUACCUCAUAUUUUUUACAGGCUUUUUGGGCAACAUCUUUGUUAUCUCAGUCGUGGGAAGCAAAGGGAGGAGAGGUGGGCGUCUAGUGGACACUUUUGUUGUCAACUUGGCCCUGGCCGACCUCAUCUUUGUCCUCACGCUGCCUCUGUGGGCGAUCUCUGCAAGCCAGAGUGGCUAUUGGGACUUUGGGAGAAUUGGGGACCUGCUGUGUAAACUGAGCAGCUACAUCAUAGCUGUGAACCGCUUCUCUAACAUCUUUUUUCUCACCUGCAUGAGUGUUGAUCGUUACCUGGCUGUGGUGAAGCUGAUGGACUCAAGGUACCUCAGGAGCAGCAGGUGCAUUCGUGCCACUUGUAAUGCCGUGUGGUUGAGCUCGCUGGUGCUUGGCAUCCCAUCCCUGGUGUACCGCAGAGUGGAGCCGUCCAGUGAUGGACUCUACUGCGUUGAAGAUAACAACUCAAGUUUUUUUCUUGGCCUGAGUCUCACCAUGGCUUUCCUCACCUUUGUCUUCCCAGUGUUAAUAAUUGUGCUCUGCUACGGCAACAUCAUUGUGCAUCUUAACCAACACUGUGCUGCAAAUCCUCGAGCUGAAGCCCGUCGCAGACACUCUUUCAAGAUGGUCCUCGCCAUCAUAGUGGCCUUCGUGGUGUCCUGGCUCCCCUUCAACGUCUUCAAAGUUAUUAUAAUCAGCUCACAUCUCUUAAACGCUGAUUUGAGUUGUGAAAGAGUUGUGUGGCAAAGAAACGGGUUCCGCGUCUCGUGCUGCCUGGCCUUCCUCAACAGCUGUGUGAAUCCAGCCAUUUACUUUUUCUUGGACCAUCACUUCAGACGGCGGGCCGAGCUCCUGUACAAGAACUGCAUAGGGCAGCCAAAAUUGCCGCGGAGCCAAAACUCCUCAGCUUCAUUCACCAAUGUUGGCACUUCAGAGAGCUAAGGAACAACUGGUGGGAGAACCCAGCUGCAGGUUGAGUUGGAGGAGAAUACAUAACUCUUUUCUUUUACUUUGAAUGUAGAAAUGUUACUAUUUGAUUAUUAGUACAUGACAGCUUGUCACGUUAAUUCUUAUAAUGAGAGACUUUGUGCAUAAUUCCCACAAAGGAUGUUUAAAUAUAAAUUUAUAUCAGAUUCAAAGCAAGAAAAGUGUUUUUUUCAAUUAGUGACAUAAUGUGACUUUCCUUUGUCGUACAUUUCCUUCAUUCAACUUUUCUACAAAUAUUGAACAUGCUGUUUAUACUUCUCAUACUGUAUAGUGUAUAGGCUUGUGUGAAAACCCUUAGCAAUUUUUGCAGCAUUAGUAGAAUGCAAUUAUAUAAAUUUAGAGGUGUAAAUAAAAACAAUUGUAUAUAUACUGAAGGCAAUAAUUUAACGUUGUUGUUGAUGAUUUAUGAAAUGUAAAUACAGUAUUCUGUUGUGAUAAAGAAUUAAAUAAAUGUGUGUAUUUGCAAGUUUUUAACUGAGGAAACCAUGAUGUUUUUUAUUGGUAAAAAUGUAAUAAUAAAAUAAAUAAAUUAUGAAGAUAAGGUAUUGAAUCAAAUGAAAGAAAUCUGCCAAAGACAAUUGUUAAUAAAGGAUGACAGAGUUUAAGGUCAUGAUGUAAUAAUGUUGUAUUAUAAAAGAGACAAAACACCUCAAAUGUUCACAACAAGCUUUUUCAGAAUAAGAAUCCAGAUGCGAAAGGCAGUUUAAGUAAUAUACAUCUGAGUUGUUGCACUCACACUAAAAGCGCAUUCACAGCAUAUGAAAUCAUGCUGAAUAGACACCAUGAUACAGAUAGUCUCCAAUUAGACCUGCA